AUGUCUCACCGACGCUCAAACCGGGAAGAUGAGAACGCCAGAUACAUCCCCAAGGGACAGCAGAAGUUUGUUCCCAAACCCUUGAAUCCAAGUCCUACAUCAUCUGCUUCUACCCCUUUUCCCGUUUCGCUCUCCUCUUCGCUUAGGCAAUCGGAUUCAUCCACCGCGACUUCUAGGGGCUCUGCUCCGGGUGGUAGUAGGGUCAGGAUGGGGGAUCAGGGGCAGUGGGUGCCCAGCAAAAGUCCGGCUCAAGGCGGUGGGAGUUUCGUGAAUUACUUGCCGCAGGACGAGGCCAUAGCUGCUGGUCUUAGCCCCGAGGAUGGAGGUUUGGAUCCAGUGGAGUCUCAGGGAGUCGUGGAUCUCCUCAAUAGAGAGCUUACUAGGCUGCUCAAGCUCAAUCCUAGAGAGUUUUGGAGACAAGUGGCUAGUGAUGGAUCGUUGCACGAGUUUCUGGAUAGCUUCUUGCAGUUUAGAAGCAGGUGGUAUGAUUUCCCUUUUCAUGGUGUCAAGGGAAUCGUUGCCGGCGUAAUCGUUGGAGAAGUCGAAUUAUGCCGCCGUAUUUUCAUGGUCUUGUAUAGAAUAUCCUCCAAUAGGGAUCCCGGUGCUAGAGCUGCUGAUAGCCUCAGUCAGAAAGAUCAUGAAGUUCUCUUGCAGGACAAGAAGUUACUGGACUUGCCAAAGCUAUUGGAUAUUUGCGCUAUAUAUGGACAUGAGAAUGCAGAGCUCACAAAAUCUUUAAUUGAGAACGCUGUGAAAUUGCAAAUCGGGAUUCCUGAUAAUUUGAAUAUGAUGUUGUCUCAUUUCUUGGGCAUUCUGCACACAAUGCAUCGCCGUUGCACCUCAUCUUUGGAGACCUUGUUGUCGAGUGCAACCAGUGAAGACAAUGGACACAGACAACUCCAUUCUGACCUUUUAGAGGUAAUGGACUUCAUUAAUGAUGGAGUUGUGUCUUUGGAUGCUUUCAUUUCUGCUUAUAAACCAGCAGCUGUGAUCUUGGCAUGCCCUGUUGAAACAAGUUAUGGGAGUGAUGAGCUUCUAUUCAGCCUUGUUCGGUUGCAUGAUUCAUUGCUUCCAUCACUUCAUCGUGGCUUUCAGGUCUUGUUCAAGGAUGGAGACCAUGAUUCUCUUGCAGACAUUUCAACGAGUUUAAACUUGUUGUCAACAAGGAUAGCAAGUUUAUGUUGGAAAAUCUUAGAUAUCUGUUAUCUCAGCAAUGCUUUUUCCGAACACGAAACUUCUGUUCCAGCUGUCACAAAGAUGUUCCCAUCAAGAGUAGAUGAGCCUAUGAUAAGGGCAGACAUACUGAUCCAAACAUUCAGGGAGAUCAGUGGAGUUUCUGAGCAGUCACUGGAAAGAAAGAACCGAUUACUCCAAAAGAUUGAGAAGAGUUACAGAAUCAUUGAUAGACUGAGGAGUUUACAGAAUGCAGGAUGGGUAUCAAUGGAAGAUGAGCAACUUCAAUAUUUGUCAAUGAUCAUGAUGCAUUCUGCAGACACAGAGUCCCCGCUUCUUCUAACUGAUGGUGGAAACACCAAAGAGCUUAUUGAUGAAAAUGCUGUAGUGAUGCAAUCCAAGAUCAGUCAAAUAAAAGACAUAUUCCCUGACUAUGGGAAUGGUUUCUUAGCUGCGUGUCUUGAAGCCUAUAACCAGAAUCCAGAAGAAGUUAUACAGAGGAUUCUUGAAGGAACAUUGCAUGAGGAUUUGCAGCGAUUGGAUUCUUCAAUGGAGACGAUGCCACAGCCUAAAUCUGCUCCAGUUAUUAGAAACAAAGACAAAGGCAAAGGAAAGCUAAUCGAAUCUGACACUAGUAGCUCUGGUAUCUACACGGAGCAACCGAUCACACGUCCCUCGCUUCCGGCUUCAUCAGCCUCAUCUACAACGGUUGGCAGAUUUGUCAGAAAGCCAAAGGAUGAUGCUCCAAGCUACAAAAUCCUCGAUGCAAGAAAAGAAACUGACAGAGAGAGAAAUGCGGCUUUACUUGCACAAUACGAAUAUGACGAUGAAUACGAUGAUUCUUUUGAUGAUCUGGGUUUCAGCGUUGGGGAAUCAGCUACCGGAGAAAGCGAGGCAUUUGGUAACAGAGCUGACUCGGCAGGAUCUGAACCCUCUGCUGCUUCAAAGUGGGGAAGCAGAAAGACUCCUCAAUUCUAUGUGAAAGAUGGUAAGAACUACAGUUACAAGGUUGCAGGCGCAGUUGCGGUUGCAAACGCAAACGAAGCUUCACUGGUAAAUGAAGCUCAGGGAGAUAUGAUACUUGGCUUGGGACGUGGAGGAAACCUUCCUCUCGGGGCGGUUAGGAAGCUGACAGAGUAUCAGGGACAGAGAGAUGAAAAGGGUCAGCCUAAUAUGAACGUGAACGCAGGCGGUGGAAGAGAGAGUGGAAGAAACGGUAGAGGAAGAGGAAGAGGGCGAGGAAUGGCGAGAGAGUCUAACAGAGAGCAACCGCAAGAGAAAACUAGUGAGAAUAGUAAUAACAACUCAGAGGUUAAUACAGAGGCGGAGAAUGGAGGAGGAAGGGGUCGAGGAAGGGGACGAAGAGGAGGUGGUGGAGGAAGAAAUCAUAAUCAUAAAGAUAGAGCUAUGAAGAAACACAUUGCUAGUGUUUCUGGUUUCUAG